AUGGAGCUCACCGCCCUCACCGACGGGACCUCCUCUGCCCCUGCGGCCGCUUCGGACGCCGCCCUCGUACCCGCCGGCGCCCCACGUCACGCCGGCCCCGUGCUCCUCUCCUUCGCCGCCGGGAACUACUCCAAGUGGUGCAUCUACAUGCGCGCUUCCCUGGGCCGCUCCGGCUACCUCGGCCACGUCGAAGGCACCGUCGCCGCCGCCCCCACCGACGCCGCGUGGGCCACCGCCGACUACACCGUCCUCAACCACCUCCACGCCGCCAUCGACGAAGACGUCGCGGACAUGAUCCUUGCGGGGAAUCAGACCGCGCGUCAGCUGUGGCUCGCGGCACGCGACCUCUUCACCGCGAACAAGUACUGUCGCCGCCAGAAGCACCUCGCCGAUGCACUCUCCGACAACGACUCUCCCGUGAGUGACCGCGCCCUCGUCCUCAACACCCUGCGCGGCCUCGGCCCUCGCUUCGCCUCCGCCGCCACGGUCAUCUCCAUGACCGACCCGCUGCCAACCUUCCUCCGCACCAGGGCGAUGCUCCUGAUGGAGGAGAUGCAGCAGGCCAACGCGGCGGCCACCUCCGCCACCACCGCUCUCGUCGCCCAGGCCCGCGGUCCCGCCUCUCCAUGCCCCGGCCCCGGCUGCCGCGGUGACGGUCCCGCUCCUGGCGCGGGCGCCGAGAAGGGCAAGCAGCCGGCCAAGCAGAAGGGCCGCACCGGUGGACACCAGGGUGGAGGCGCCACCCAGGGCACCCAGCCCGCCCGCACGCCGGCCCCGACUGGCCCGUGGGUCUGCUUCUCCCCGGGUGCUGGACAGUGGCGCGCCCCCUCCUCUGGACAGGGCAUCCUGGGCCCUCGCCCCCAGGCCUACACCGCCACCGCGCCGUCAACCUCGACGACUACGUGGGACAGCUCGCUCUUAUCGCCGCCCUCAACAACCUCGCGCUUCAGCAAGGUGGUUGGGUCAUGGACUCAGACAGAUAACGAUACCGAGUUCCUCAACAAGACUGUUGAUACUCUCCUCACCACCCACGGCAUCGCCUUACGGCUGUCAUGA